AGAACGAGUCAGUGGGCGGGCACCCGCCGCGCGUUGGCCAAUGAGGAUCGGGGGCGUGGUGGAGUGAGGACCGUUCGGGGCCUGGCACGGACGGCGGAGCGCCGCGCAGCUUGCACCUCUGCGAAGCGGCUGGUGGGCCCACUCCCAGUGCGGCACCAUGAACGUCUUUGACCGAAACAUCAAUUUUGACGCCCUCUUCAAGUUCUCCCACAUCUCGGCCUCCACACAGGAGCACCUGAAGAGGGUCUAUGCCAGCUUCGCCCUCUGCAUGUUUGUGGCGGCCACAGGGGCCUACAUCAAUGCGGUGACCCGCUUCUUCCAGUUCAGCUUCCUGACUGGCCUGGGCGCUCUGGGGCUGAUGAUCUGGCUGACGGCCACCCCGCACAGUCGGGAGACAGAGCAGAAGAGGCUGGGGAUGCUGGUGGGCUUCGCCUUCCUGACAGGCAUCAACCUGGGGCCCCUCCUGGAAAUGUGCAUCUCCAUCAAUCCCAGCAUCAUCCCCACUGCCUUCCUCGGCACUGCCACCAUCUUCGCCUGCUUCUCACUGAGCGCCCUGUAUGCCCGGCGCCGGAGCUUCCUCUACCUGGGAGGCUUCCUGCUCUCCGGCCUCACCCUGAUGCUUCUCUCUUCUGUGGUUAAUGCCUUUGUGGGAUCUACUUGGCUCUUCACGGCCAACCUGUACCUGGGGCUGAUGAUCAUGUGCGGCUUCGUGCUCUUCGACACGCAGCUCAUCAUCGAGAAGGCGGAGAGCGGGGACAAGGAUUACAUCUGGCACUGCGUCGAUCUCUUCCUCGACUUCGUCAACAUUUUCCGGGAGCUCCUGAUGAUCCUGGGCAUGACCGAGAACAAGAAGAAGGAGAAGAAGUGAAGCGGCUCCAGGCUGAGGUGGAGCUGUCCCCAUCGGGUCCCCAUCCCCACCCCAUCCCCAUCUCUUCUCUGAUUCAUUAAAGGGGUUGUGCUUGGCUGCUGAUGAAAAGCAGCCCAGAAGCUUUCGCACCUUGUGGGUUUUUCUCUCGUUUAGCUCUUCUUUGAUUAGAAACCGGCCAAUUUGCGGAUCCUGCUGGAGUUCAGCUCCUGCCCCGCCCCUCCCCGGCCCAGCUCCCCCUCAGAGCCCACGUCCCUCGCGGUUAUCGCCGACACGUGAGCUUCCCAUAGAAAUUUCUCCCCAGCCCUGUGGGCAACACGUCCCCGCUGCACCCUUGCACCAGCAGCUGGGGUGUCAUCCCCCUACCCGGGCAGCCAUGGCCUCUGCCCCCAUGCCAGCUGGGGGGGUGGUGGGACACCCUGAAGCCAAAUUCAACGGAGGAGCCUCUCCUUUAGCACCAGUGCCAAGAAAUACAAUGGAAAAGAAAACGAUCUGCUGGGCGAGCCGUCUGGCGGGGCCGUGGGGACGAAGGUGUUUUGAUUCCGAGCUCUCCCAAUCCCGCCGUUGCCUCUUUGUACACCGGGAUGAUUCAAUAAAAUGCUCAGACUCGAA